CUUGCGUUCUGGGCGCUGACGUGUCGGGGCGGGUGACUUCGGCUCCUCCCCGUGCGGGCAGCCACUCGUCGCGGCGACAGAGGGGCGGGGUGGCCGGGGCCGGCGCUCCCCCUGGCCCCUGCUCCCGGCCCGCCCCGCCGCCCCGGCCCCCCGGAUGAGGGUAUAUAUUCGGAGCGGGCGCGGGAGGCCGAUGAGUGGCCGCGCCGAAGGAGCCAGAGCCGGGCGGAGCAGCGGUCGGUCGCGCCGAGGGAGGUUUACAGGUCUAGAAAUUACACCCGUGUUUUCACAGAACUUGACUAUUAGAGCAUUAUGAAUGUUAAUGACCUCAAACUCAGGUUGUCCAAAGCUGGGCAAGAACACCUGCUACACUUCUGGAAUGAGCUGGAAGAAGCCCAACAGGUAGAACUGUAUGCAGAACUCCAGGCCAUGAACUUUGAGGAGCUGAACUUCUUUUUCCAAAAGGCCAUUGAAGACUUUAACCAUUCUUCUCAGCAAGAGAAAGUGGACGCGCGGAUGGAGCCUGUCCCUCGAGAGGUGUUGGGCAGUGCUACCAGGGAUCAAGACCAGCUGCAGGCCUGGGAGAGUGAAGGACUUUUCCAGAUUUCGCAGAACAAAGUGGCAGUUCUUCUUCUCGCCGGUGGGCAGGGGACAAGACUUGGUGUUGCCUAUCCCAAGGGGAUGUAUGAUGUUGGUUUGCCAUCCCAUAAGACGCUUUUUCAGAUUCAAGCAGAGCGUAUCCUGAAGCUUCAGCAGUUAGCUGAAAAAUAUCAUGGCAACAAAUGUAUCAUUCCAUGGUAUAUAAUGACCAGUGGCAGAACAAUGGACUCUACAAAGGAAUUCUUCACAAAGCACAAGUACUUUGGUUUAAAAAAAGAGAAUGUCAUCUUUUUUCAGCAGGGAAUGCUGCCUGCUAUGAGUUUUGAUGGGAAAAUUAUUUUGGAAGAGAAGAACAAGGUUUCUAUGGCUCCAGAUGGGAAUGGUGGUCUUUAUCGGGCUCUUGCAGCCCAGAAUAUUGUGGAGGAUAUGGAGCAGAGAGGCAUUUGGAGCAUUCAUGUCUAUUGUGUUGACAACAUAUUAGUAAAAGUGGCAGACCCACGGUUCAUUGGGUUUUGCAUUCAGAAAGGAGCAGACUGUGGAGCAAAGGUGGUGGAGAAGACGAAUCCUACAGAACCAGUUGGAGUGGUUUGCCGCGUGGAUGGAGUCUAUCAAGUGGUAGAAUACAGUGAGAUUUCUCUGGCAACAGCUCAAAAACGAAGCUCUGAUGGACGACUGCUGUUCAACGCAGGGAACAUUGCCAACCAUUUCUUCACCGUACCAUUUCUGAGAGACGUUGUCAACAUUUAUGAACCUCAGUUGCAGCACCAUGUAGCCCAAAAGAAAAUUCCAUAUGUGGAUUCCUUGGGGCAGUUAAUUAAGCCAGACAAACCAAAUGGAAUAAAGAUGGAAAAAUUUGUCUUUGACAUCUUCCAGUUUGCAAAGAAGUUUGUGGUGUAUGAAGUAUUACGGGAAGAUGAAUUUUCCCCACUGAAGAAUGCAGACAGUCAGAAUGGGAAAGACAACCCUACUACUGCAAGGCAUGCUUUGAUGUCCCUCCACCAUUGCUGGGUCCUCAACGCCGGCGGCCACUUCAUAGAUGAAAAUGGCUCUCGCCUCCCAGCAAUUCCCCGCUUGAAGGAUGCCAAUGAUGUACCAAUCCAAUGUGAAAUCUCUCCUCUUAUCUCCUAUGCUGGAGAAGGACUAGAAAGUUAUGUGGCAGAUAAAGAAUUCCAUGCACCUUUAAUCAUUGAUGAGAAUGGAGUCCAUGAGCUGGUGAAGAAUGGUAUAUGAGCCAGAUAACAAGUUCCACCACAAUAAGAAUAGCUUUUAUUUUUGAUAGACCAACUGUGAACCUACAGGACCUCUCCUGGAAUACUCAUUUGAAUAUCCACAGGCUUUCAUUUUGGUUAUUGAACUCUUGUAACUACUACAUAUUCCCCAAGAUCCAGAUGACUGAACUUCAGAAGGUGUUUUCAUGAUUCUCAGCUGAUUGAAGGUCUUAUUUAUAUUUUUCAAUUGUAUAAUUUUUUUUUCCAACCCAAGGAAAACAUCGACCAUCUAGGAAAUUUCCUACAGCUUAAGUAUUGCUAGAUGUUCACCAUCACUUUACUUGAAGCCGGAAGCAUUUGUUUUUGAAGUUGUACAUAGUAAUAAUAUGUCAUUGUACAUGUUGAAAGGUUUCUAUGGUACUAAAAAUUUGUUUUAUUUUAUCAAAAAUUAAAUUUUUUUAAGAAAAUAAUUGGACAGUUAAAUAAACUUUUCCUCUUGUCUCUGGA